UCUCAAAGGCAGAGUGAUGAUCCAGCUGCUGCGUGCGCGCCUGACAUGGAUACAGUUGCGCUUUUACAACUGAAACUGGACACAUAACAAAGUUAAACUGUUACAUUCUGGGACUUUUACCGGGGACAAAACUUCCUCCACGGCCGCACUCAUGUGAUUAAUCCCCCCCCACCCACCCCACUCCACCUCCACCUCCCCAUUUUCUUCUCUUUUUCCCCUAAGCCAUGUCCAAAAGCCUGAAGAAGAGGAAGAACCACUGGAGCAGCGGCGUCCACGAGAGCGUGCUGUGCAGGAAUGAGGAGGGGGAGCCGGGGCUGCUGGAGCUGCUGCAGCUGCAGGGCGGCGCGGAGCGCGGGCUCUUCCCGCUGCUGGGUGAGCUUCCCCCGGGCAGGGCGCGCUGCCGCGGCGGUGGCCAGCUGCUCCGGGAUGAACUCCUGCUGGAAGUCAAUGACACCCCGGUGGCCGGACUCACCACCCGGGACGUGCAGGCGGUGCUGCGGCACAGCAAGGACCCCGUCCGCCUCAAGUGUGUCAAACAAGGGGGCGUGAUUGACAAGGACCUCCGCCACUACCUCAACCUGCGCUUCCAGAAAGGCUCAGUGGAUCACGAACUCCAGCAGAUCAUCCGGGACAACUUGUACCUGCGUACCAUCCCUUGCACCACCAGGCAGCCCAAGGAGGGAGAGGUCCCGGGGGUGGAUUACAAUUUUGUGACUGUUGACCGGUUUAUGGAAUUGGAGAAAAGCGGAGCCUUGCUGGAGAGCGGAACGUACGAAGAUAACUUUUACGGCACCCCGAAGCCUCCAGCCGAGCCCAGCGCUCUGCUGCUAAAUGUAACAGACCAGCUGCUGCCGGGUGCCAGACCGAGCUCCGAGGGCAAGAGGAAGAGGAACAAGUCAGUCAGAAACAUGGAAAAAGCCAGCAUCGAGCCCCCAGAGGAGGAGGAGGAGGAGAGGCCCAUCGUCAACGGCAACGGCGUUGCCAUCACCCCAGAGUCGAGCGAACAUGAGGACAAGAGCACGGACGCUUCAGGGGACGUCGCCCCACCGAGCAUCCCAGCGGAGGCCCCACCAGAGGCGCCCAAAGAGGACGGACAAUCUCCCAAGGCGGUGGUUCCCAAACCAGAUGAGAACGACGAGCUAGGGCCCCUGCCGGACAACUGGGAGAUGGCGUACACCGAGAAGGGAGAGGUGUACUUCAUAGACCACAACACUAAGACAACAUCGUGGCUGGACCCGAGGCUAGCCAAGAAGGCAAAACCGCCUGAGGAAUGCAAAGAAGAUGAGCUUCCAUACGGCUGGGAGAAAAUCGAUGACCCCAUUUAUGGCAGCUACUAUGUUGAUCAUAUAAAUAGAAGGACCCAGUUUGAGAACCCAGUCCUGGAGGCGAAGAGGAGACUCCAGCAGCAGCAGCAGAUGCAAAGCCAGGGUCUGUCCUCACUCCCCCUUCCCACCAUCUACAGAGAAAAGCCGCUGUUCACACGGGACCCCACUCAGCUGAAAGGCAGUUUCCUGUCCACGGCACUCCAGAAGAGCAACAUGGGGUUCGGCUUCACCAUCAUCGGAGGAGACGAACCCGAUGAGUUCCUCCAGGUGAAGAGCGUUAUCCCUGAUGGGCCUGCAGCGGCUGAUGCAAAGAUGGCCACGGGCGACGUCAUCGUCUACAUCAACGACGUGUGUGUCCUGGGUACCACCCACGCCGACGUGGUCAAGCUCUUCCAGUCGGUGCCCAUCGGCCAGAGCGUGACCCUGGUCCUGUGUCGCGGCUACCCGCUGCCGUACGACCCGGAGGACGCCAGCAACGCCAACAACACCACCACCACCACCACCAUCAUCUCCCCGCUGGGCAUCAUGGAGCAGCGGCCCGUCAUGGUGAACGGCAGGACGGGCUACGACAACUACCUGGACUACCUGACCCGCACGGCGCGCUUCAUCACCGACCCGGGCCAGGACCCGGUGGCCGCCCAGCAGCAGCAGCUGCUCGCGGCUCACCCCGGCGACACCCACCUGGACGGCUCUCUCCCGGCCACCUCGGGCACCACGCCCCCCGACAGCGUCUCCAUGGCGUCGUCGGGCGCCACCCAGGGCGAGCUGCUCACCGUGACCAUGGUGAAGGGCGUGGACGGGUUCGGCUUCACCAUCGCGGACACGGCCACGGGCCAGCGGGUCAAGCAGGUGCUGGAGCCUCAAGGCUGCCCGGGACUCUGCGAGGGAGACCUGAUCGUGGAGAUUAACAAGCAGGCAGUGCAGGGAUUCACGCACACGCAGGUGGUGGACCUGCUCAAGGACUGCGCCGUGGGAGCAGAGGCCAGCUUGGUGGUGCAAAGAGGUGGAACAGGUCACUAUUCACCCUGGAAGACCCCAAAGCAGGUGCUGGAGCAGUGGGAGUCCCAGCAGGGCCAGAACAGCCCGGCUCAGACCAGCCUGUCGGCUCCCGUUAUCUCCCACAGCUCCCACUUCCCAACGCAGCAUCUCCACAGGGCCUCGGUCCCAGACUCAGCCUCCGAGGCCUUGGCGCUGGCUAAGCCAGACCCCUAUGACCUAUUUGAGAAGUCCAGGGCUAUCUAUGAGAGUAGGCAGCCCAGUCAGCCGAGGACGGUUUUUCCUGCAGACUCUUCAGGAGCCGAGUACCAGGACAUCGAGGUGCACCUGCGCAGACAAAAGUCCGGGUUCGGGUUCAGGGUGCUGGGCGGUGAUGAGGCUGGGCAGCCUCCCAGUCCGGAGACACGUGAGAAGAUCCUGAUCGGGGCGAUCAUCGAGAAGAGCCCGGCAGACGUAGACGGGCGGUUGCGGCCCGGCGACGAGCUGCUGUUCGUGGACGGCAUCCCGGUGGCGGGAAAGCCGCACCGAUACGUCAUCGACCUGAUGCACGGGGCGGCGCGCAACGGCCAGGUGAACCUGGUCAUCAGGAGGAAGGUCCACGCCGCAGGUGAGUCGUGUCCAGAGAACGGCCGCAGCCCCGGCUCCGUCUCCACGCAGCACAGCUCCCCGCGCAGCGACUUCACAUACGGCAACAGCACGGCCCAGGCCCCCGGCGCCGGCGUGGGAAACGCCGCCGCCGCUUCAGACGGGACGUCCACCCCCAACACGCAGCCCAGCGACGUCACCAUCAGCCGCAAGGAGAGCGAAGGCUUCGGCUUCGUCAUCAUCAGCUCGCUCAACCGGCCGGAAACGGCGGCGACCAACGCUGUUCCCCACAAGAUCGGCCGCAUCAUCGAGGGCAGCCCGGCGGACCGCUGCGGGAAGCUGAAGGUGGGAGACAGGAUCCUGGCGGUGAACAGCCAGUCCAUCAUCAACAUGCCGCACGCCGACAUCGUGAAGCUGAUCAAAGACGCCGGGCUUAGUGUCACCCUGAAGAUCAUCCCGCAGGAAGAGAUUAGCAACCCUCCGUCGGCCCCCACCUCGGAGAAGCAGAGCCCCAUGGCCCAGCACCAGAGCCCCAAGGCCCAACCCAACCCCGCGGCCUCGCAGGCCGGCCCGGCGGCCACAGAACCCAACUCUUCUGCCGGCCCGCCCAACCCUGCCCCCCAUCAGAGCCCGGUGACCCAGCUCCCUGCUCCCCCGCCUCAGACCUACACCCACGACGGCAGUUACAGGUCCGAGGUGAAGGCGAGGCAAGACGUCAAGCCGGACAUCCGACAGCCGCCGUUCACCGACUACCGGCAGCCGCCCGUGGACUACCGGCACCCUCCGGUGGCCGACUACCGACAGCCCCCCACGCUAGACUACAGACACCCGCCGCUGCUGGACUACCGGCAGCUGGCCAGCGACGCCCGGCAGUUCGCCCUGCCGGACUACCGGCUGCCACCGGUUCAGCUUUCGCAGGACUUCGACUUCUUCACAGUGGAGCUGGAGAAAAGCGUGAAGGGCUUCGGCUUCAGCAUCCGCGGAGGGCGGGAGUACAAGAUGGACCUGUUCGUCCUGCGUCUGGCCGAGGACGGACCAGCAAUCCGCAACGGGAGGAUGAGGGUCGGGGACCAAAUCAUUGAGAUCAAUGGAGAGAGCACUCGGGACAUGACCCACGCAAGGGCCAUCGAACUCAUCAAGUCUGGAGGCAGACGCGUGCGUCUCCUCCUAAAGAGGGGUACAGGGCAGGUCCCAGAGUACGACAACGCUGCCCCGUGGGAUGCUCGCCCUUCAGCCUCCCCAAGCCUGACAGAAGCAGCCCCCACCAUCGACACUUUUUCCAUGCCAUCGCCUCCAUCCCACCUGCUCCCGGCCCCAGACCCUCCUCACCUGCCACCUCAGGACGUCGGCCGGGACGCGGCGGCACGAGACGGCAGGACGGAGCGUCCCAGGAGCCCCCAGAAGGCCGAGCUGCUGAGCAGAGAUCCCAUCAGCCAGGGGAGGAGGGCGGCGAGCGGUGGCGGCGGCAGUGGGAGCAGCAGAGCCAAGAGGGAGGGUGGCAGGUCCACCCCGAAGGGGCACAGGAGACAGCCCACUACUGAGGGAGAAGGAGGCCCGGAGGGGCCGGGCGGGGAGCCCAGACCCUCCAGGAGCACGAGGGGAAGGUCGGCGGAAAGGGAAACUAGGGACAGCAGAGAUUGCAGCCUGAAGCUGCCGCACAGCAACGGGAACAGCAGGGACGAGGCCGAGCGCUGGAGCAAGCCCGGGCUCAGGGAGCCGGACGGAGGCCCGGGAGAGAGCCGGCCCGGCCCACCCGGCAGGAGCGCCAGCAGCGCUAGCAGCGGCGCCGCGGCGGGCCGGAAGGCCACCGUCUCUCCCGGGCCCUGGAAGAUCCCCGGGUCCGACAAGCUGCCCAGCAUGCUGCGCACCGGCGCGUCCACGCUCAGCAGAUAACACCAGAGCUCCGGCGAUGAAACUACCAUCCUCACCCCUUCCUGUGCUCCUGAACCCCCACCCACCUCAACCCUGUCCUCUAAGAAACAGCAGAGUCAAAACCAUGCGGGGCGGGCUGAUCUGGACCAUGUGUUUUUAAAGUUUUAUUUAUAAUACAGUAUCUUAAAUUAUUAUGAUGAAGAAAAAUGACACCCACCACCUUAAGAACUGGAAAACUCAUCCACUUUACAAAGAAGCAGCAAGGAUAAUCUUUGUGUAGCGCAGAGGAGAACCGUUCGAGCUCUGGAGACUCUCCCCAAGCACAGCUCGACGGGAACCAGGCUACCAUCGGAUUCUUUGUUGUUUUCCUUUUUUCUUUUAUAUGAACAAUGCACAUUUGAGUCUAUUUUAUGAAGUGGAAUGUUCAAAAGAUGGUUUGCCUGUUUUUUGAUGAGCGUGAAUGGAUCAAAAAGUGACAGCGGACAACAAAAUCCACUAAUCAGCAGAGCUUUUUGCCUUAACGGAGACUGUGUGGGCUCGAAUCUGCCUGGGAGACUCGACCAGGCGAGUGCAGACACAGAUAUAUUAUAAUGAAUAUGAAUAUAUGGGAACACUUUGUAAAUAAAAUCAUCUUCAUAGUGAAGAACUUUAUAGUUGAGCUGAUGAAAUUAUAGUCCAUGAAAAAAAACAAACCAAGCGGAGGAGAGCGAGACGGAGCGGGACUGUCGGCUCUCCGUCUCCAACCCCCGUCAUUGCAGUCCUGUGUUUCGGGCUGCGAUCGAGUCUGUUUGCAUUCGGUAGGAGCGUCUCAUCGAUCCAUUUCCUCAUUCCCUGUGCUAGAGAUAAAAAACAAAGCGACACGCGACGGAGAGAAGACGCCUGCAUGACGGUGACGGAGGGGCAGAGUGCCUUAGACUGACUGGUCUGGCUUUUAUGUCAAAGGUUCGACUGCAAAAUACUCCAGCUGAUCCAAAAUAAGCUGCUGUAUAACACCAACUUCACAGAUGUUAUGAAGAAGAAGAUCUAUUUUUAAGUGUGGGAUUGGUGAAAUAUAUAAUUUAUUUCACGAGAUUAUGUAUGACAUGUUAGUCUGUUAGACGGGAUAUUUGUUUUGCUAACGGUUCAUUUGAGGUCAUGAUGCCUUUCAGCGCUGAGUUCUUAAUGAGGCUCGUAGUUUCCAUGGAGAAUCACUCCAUGGUGUCAGCACACGGCAGAGAGCUUCGCACCAAAUCCCAAUUUGUAAAACCUGAACACUGUCUCCUUUCUUUAAAUCUCCAUCUUCUUACAGUGUGUAACCUGAAUGAGUGAAUGUCCUGGUUUUGUAUCGUCGUCAGGGAGACUGAGGUCCUGGAUGUGCCGCGCUGCUGUCGGCCGCUGAGUUUGAUCCGCUGUAGGUUAUUCUGUCUGCACUUUGUGACGUGAAGACAUAUGCAUAUCCGUGCCAAAGCUCACAUGGGGUUUUUGGGGGUUUUGUUUAGUUGUUUUUUGUUGUUUUUUUGUCUUUGAAGUCCGCACUCUCGUCUGUUUUUGUGUACUCAGUUAACAACUGACCGUUUGUUCAGCCAUGCUGUUUGCUUGGACACGCAGGUGCACAGUGGAGAGUAGACAAGAAAGGUUACAGAGAGAGAGGGAAAGAGGGAAAGAGAGAGAGAGGGAGAGAGUAGGAGUGACAAAAGGACCAGAUCAGAACCGAACGAGGGCCGCCACGUUCGCGACACCAGCGCCUGCAUGUGGGCUGAGCUGCAGAAAAGCCCCCUCCAUUCCUGCUUUAUCGCAUUUCCAGAUGCAAAACUUAAGUGUUUCACGUUUGACUUGAAGGUUUCAGGCUUGUUGAAGGUGUGAAGACAGACAGACGGACGAGGAUCCCGCAUCCACUGUGGCCCUAAAGUGUGAAACACGACAUAAAAGCAAGUACAAGUACGUCAGAAAAAAACGGAUUAUGCAACAAUAGUUCACAAAAUAUUGAAACAAAGCCAAAAAUGCAGCAAAGUCCUUCAAAGCGGAAAGCUUAAUCUUUUACAAAACACCAAAAUCUCGUUUCAGAAGACAGAUUUCCACAGUAAUAUCCACAGAGACGGCACAAUCGCAUAGAAAAGGAACAACAACAUAAAAAAAAUGAAAACGGCAUUUUGAAAAGCUCCUGUCUCUUCUGAAAAGCUCAUACGUGAGCAUGUGGGUGUCAAAUCUGUUCCGCUCUGCGGCCAAGGCUGCCGUGUCAUGCUUGUUGGAGUGUUUUUGUGAAAUAUUGUUGUGGCUUUGCAGCGUUUUACACCUCCGAGUCGCAGUUUCCUGAUUAAAGCAGGACUCGGUUGUCGCAGUUCCUGCUCUUGCUCUCGUUCACACCGGAGACGAUAAACAAACAGGAAUCCAUUUUUAAACUCCCCGUCUUGCUCAGCGUUAGUUUGGUGGAGAAAUGGUUACAAACCGGUCUCACAGCAUGAAUUCAAACCUCAACAGGCCUGAACCGCAUAAUGACUGUUGCUAAGAUGUUAUUUACCAGCUCUGGGAGGGUUUAGACUGGGAAUACAAAUCUUAUCACAACAUCUGUAUCGACUCUACAGAUGUGAAAGUGAGUAUAAAUUUUCCCCCGUCGUAAGUCAAAGUUUCCUUCUCUGCUGAAGGAGAUGUUUGUCUUUGAGAUCAAUAUUUGCACAAUGAAUAAACAGAUUGACUUCAAAACACAACCCAACACAGAUUAUUGUGUCGUGGAAUAAAACAUUAGAAGAAAACAUCAAUCAGGAACAAGUGCCUGCAGAUCGUUGAAAAAUAAGCCCUGGAUCUAAAUGUCCAGUUUGAGCGGACUGCUCCUUUACAAUGUGACUGCUGGGCGAGAGACAAAAACAUGCACAUUUUUUGUUGAGCAUUUGCACAACUCAUCACUUUCCACGUCUGAGUUUUCUGCUUUGAGCCUCCGAAAUCCAAAACAGCGAAAGGAUGUUUCAUCUGACAGCGUGUUUGCAAACUGUGCGUGUUUGAACAACAUGAACCACAAUCCCCCGAGCAGCUCAGUAUCACUGUGUAGUGUUAUAGCAGUGUAUAGACCCUGAACAAAUAUCUCUAUAAAUAUGACUUGGUGUACUAUUGAUGGUCACAAAGGCUGUAAGUGGAGCAACUAUUUUUAUGAAAUGCAACUCUAUGGAUAUAUUAACUUUUGCAAAAACCUUGUUUACCUGUAUUAUAUUCUAAAACGCAGUCCAAAUAAAAGAAGAUCUUGACACAA